GUCUAAGAAUUUUAGUGUGUGUCGCAGCCGCGCCUACCUGAGCCCCAGCCAGCUAGCUAGCUAGCUCUACGCUGCCUGGCCCGGCGGGCCCGGCGGCCCUGGACGUCGAUGAUCCGGCCAGAUGAUAGUAGAGGCCGAGGUCGAAAGCGCUUGUGCAUUGUAUUUUGCGACCGGAUUUGCUGGAGUAGUGUUGCUCGCUGAUCUGCUCUGAACGUCAAUACAUUCUCAAGAACAAUGUCAAAGUCUACUUUUUUAAUUGUGGUCUUUCUCGUCACUUUUCUAGCAACAACAUAUUGUGGCGAUGCUUCAGAAGAGGAGGAGGAUGGUCCGUCACAGAAGUGGAAGAAGAAAGAUGUUCGAGAUUACAAUGAUGCAGAUCUGGAAAGAUUGUUCGAUCAGUGGGAGGAAGACGAAGAGAAAGAUCCCGAUGACUUGAUGGAACAUGAAAGACCAGCACCAAAGAUCGACUUCUCCAAGAUGGAUCCCAGCAAUCCUGAGAGUAUCCUUCAGAUGAGCAAGAAGGGCAAGACCCUGAUGAUGUUUGUGACUGUCUCAGAGGAUCCAACUAAGGAGGAAGCAGAAACCAUCACCCAGCGAUGGCAAGAUCAGCUAUUCAAUGCAAACUAUCAAAUCCAGAGAUACAUGGUGGACAGCAACAGGGCCAUCUUCCUCACCAAAGAUGGUGCCACUGCUUGGGAGAUGAAAAACUUUCUCUUAGAACAGGAUCGAUGCCAGGAGGUGACUAUCGACAACAAGAGCUAUUAUGGCAAGGGCUCUGGAAGGAUGGAUGAAAACAAACCUGCAGGGGGAAAGAAAGAUUCAAAGAGUAAGACAAAGAAAGAAAAGGGGAAGAAGAAGAAGAAGGAAAAUAAUAAGACAGAAUUGUAAGUAGAUAGCAAAAGAAUAAAGACACUUUCAUGUACUUUUGUGUUUCUUAAUGUCUUGUGUAAGUUCUGUAACACAAGUGUAUUGUGUGUAUUGUCUCUAUUGUGAACACAUUCUCUUUUGACAGUGAUACAAUCAUGAUUUGAUCGUGAGAGCUUAGAGCAAUAACUUUUUUGAAUAUGCUGUAAACAUUUCAUAAACUAUAUAUUUUCAUAAGGUGUAUCAAAUGAAUUGAAUAAUGAUUUUUUGUUUGUAUUUAUGAAAUGUAUUCCUUCCAUUUCCAUAUGCACCCUAUAUAUAAUCAAUGGUUAGUGAUGCACAACUGCUUUCUCGUCAUGUUUUUGUCAUAACUGUCUUAUUAGUACCAGGUUGCUUUCUGAUCAUGCUUUUGGAAUUGCAUACCGGUAUACACUACAAAAUUCAACCAAAAUCGUAGACACUAAUGAUAGGACAUUUUCAGAUUGGAUUAGAUUUCAAUUCUUCUCAUGCUUCAAAGUAGCUUAGCUUAGAAAUUAUAUUUGAAUCAUUGAUGGCAUUUAAGGUAGCUUUUCAUUAGAAUGUUGUGUUUGCUGGAGGGUGGCAUAAAAACAUGUAAUCAGUGCAUUUUGAUUUCAUACAUGUACCAUAAUUUGUCAAAAUUGUUAGGCCCUGUAGCUCAGAAUAUAACUGAACAUGGCUUUAUUGUUCAAAGAGAUGAAUAUCAAACUGUUUAAAUCUAUUUGUCGCUGUUUAUUUCGCUAUAAAAUCGUGUAUGUAUGUCUUUAUGUACAAAGAAAAGUGCCUUGUAGAUUCUAGAUCAAUUCAAGUUCUAUCAAUGUUGAAGGUAGACUUGUGUGUACUUCAUUAAUGUAUCUUAAUCUCAUGAACUGCCUAUAUUGUUCAGUUUGUUGCACAUGUCGUACAAUAUUUGGUCAUUAGGUACUUAUAAUUUGUUAUGUUCAUUUUACUCAGUCUGUCUCAUGGAUAAUAUGAUGUUUUGUGUAAUCUUGAUGAUUAAGGAAUCUUUGGAUAUUGUUUUUUCACAUAUAUACAUGUGUAAGGAUGGAAAAUAUGUUGCACUACUGAAAAAUUAUUUUAAAAAAUUAUUGUUUACAGAAAAUAUACACAAUGGAAAUAUAAAAAUCUCUUCAAAGUAUAGUGUAUUGCUAUAUUGUUAGAAACCAACAUGUAAAACGUUGUAAUUACGAAAAGAGUUAAACAGAAAUACACUCUUGAUUUCCUGUAAUUAUUGAGCAAGAUUUACUAUUGCUAGCAUAAUCAAGAUUGCUAAUGCUCAUGGAAUGAAUGUUAAAAAUACAGUAACUAUUAUUGGUAUGUACUGCUAUUAAUUUAUAUUGUACAUUAUUAAUCCAGAGGUACUUUAGUAACUAUUCGGCAGAAACAAAUUGGACUCACAUUGGAUAUCAAUGAGGAGUACUCAUUUAUCCAUAUCUUGUUAAAGGUACAGUGUACUGUUGAAAUUGAAAACAAAAUUUGUCAGCUUUUAAGAUGUGUAUUUUUCCAGUCUCUAUUAGAAUUAAUAAGUAUUGAUUCAAACAUAUACAGGUAUAUGUUAUCUCACAAAUCUUGCAUAGUGUAUUUUAAAAAAUUGAUUUAAAAUCAUGUUUUUAUAAUGUAUCCGAUCUUCAUGCCGUUUUAUCAUAUGGUUUUCUUAGCAUUUCUUUCUGUACUUGAACAGUUUUAUACACUGUUCUGCUUUUUUUUUUGUUUACUUGGCACAUGCAUUUUGUUACCCUUUGAUUUUGUGCAAUAGCAUCCAUAUAUAUGCAUUUCAUGUCACUUUGUUGGCCAUGUUGAUGAAUUUUUAUGAGAGUAUGUAUUUCUUUGAGCAUCUCUUUCAAUGAAUAUUUCUAUAAUAGCUGAGCCUGUGGUAUCAUGUCAUCAAUGGUCUGAUGAAGGCUAUGAGCCAACCCAACCUUUCCUUUUACCGUCAUGCAUCCAUUUUAUUUCACGUUUUGAGAUUUAUUAUGUGAGGCUACUGUAAUUAUACUAAACUCAUUAACACUUCUAUGCUGGUUGUAUUUAUUAUUGAGCAAAUUUUGAAUUCUCGUACUUGUGGAGUCCAUUAGAAAAUAAAAUACGCAUUCAAUGUGUAAUUAAUUUCUUUGAAAA